AUGGUUCUUAUGAACCACAGUGACGAAGCAUUUUCAUUAGCAAUAUCCAUCGUCACCAUUGUACUGCUAUUCUGCUCCCAAGCUGCUCUGCUCGUCCACUUCACACAUGUGGCUCAAAGUAUCGCAAAGUCCUUUGAAAUAGUGAACGCCAAGAUCGAGAUGGAAGUCACAAGCUCUGCCAGUGUUGACGGCACCCGUACAAGAUGCACUAUGCUUUCUAAAAUCAAGAAACUGAGGACUCUGAUGAACACCUAUUGGAUGCUGUGUGACGCCGUACAACAGGCUAAUGUCUUCUACUGCGAUCAGCUGAUGGUCGUUACCUUCUCCUCAUUUCUCCACAUCACUGUCACGUCUUACUACUUUUUCUUGCUCCUUAAAACUGGUAAAGCGUUUACAAUGGCUUAUGAGGGGGCUUGGAUCUUGCUUCACAUCUGCCACGUUGUUCUGUUAUUAACCUCAAGUACAGAUGUCACCAAAAAGGCCGAUGAGACAGGACAGACGAUCUGCAAGUUGAUCAAUAAGGACUUGGACCCAAAUUUGAGAAAACAGCUUGAAGGGUUUCUCCUGCAGUUACCUCACCACAACGCAAGAUUCUCUGCUCGUGGAUUUUUCCCGCUCAACAACGAGACCCUAACAGCGAUGGCUGGAGCGGUGACAACUUACCUGGUGAUACUGAUCCAGUUCCAGAAUGAACCAUCACCCACCUAG